GAAGUUGGAGGGAAGAAGAGUUGGGAAGAAAAAAGAAAUAACGAGCGAGAUGGUAGAUUGGGUUUGAGUCUCUGGCCGAGGGCGAAGAGGUCGGACUUCAGAGCCGCUGUAACUGUUGCGAACGCCACAUUCCACCGGAAAACGCUCUCCCGUGCGUGUGCGGAUUUUACGUUCAACAAGAUACUCCCCGAAGAAUCGAGGGAUUUUAGUUUUUUUUCUCCCCCCGAGUAAUCCAUAACCACUCCCCAACAUGUCUGACGACGAGGAGCAAUACUCCAGCGAGGAGGAGGUCGAGGAAGUGUAAGCAGCCCGAGAAAAAAGUCGAGGGUAGGGCGUCCCAAAAGACGUCCGAGAAUCCGGAAUUCAUGAAGAGGCAAGAACAGAAGAGAAGCGAUCUCGAUGAACAGCUCAAAGAAUACAUCAUGGAGUGGCGGCAGCAGAGGGCCAAGGAGGAGGAAGAGCUCAAAGGCCUCAAAGAGAAACAGGCUAAACGCAAGGUGAGCCGCGCCGAGGAGGAGAAGAAAUUGGCCCAGAAGAAGAAGGAGGAGGAGGAGCGUCGUCAGCGUGAAAUUGAGGAGAAGAAACAGCGUGAUAUUGAGGAGAAGAGAAGGCGCCUGGAGGAAUCGGAGAAGAAGCGUCAGGCGAUGAUGCAAGCACUCAAGGACCAGAGCAAGAAGGGACCCAACUUCACCAUCACCAAGAAAGAUCUCUCUGGAAGCCUAUCCUCUGCACAAAUUGAGCGUAACAAGACGAAAGAACAACUCGAGGAGGAGAAGAAAAUUUCCCUCAGCAUUCGCAUCAAGCCAUUGGAAAUCGAGGGUCUCGCCAUUGAGCGACUUCGCUCCAAGGCGGUGGAGCUGUGGGACGCUAUCGUCAAGCUGGAGACCGAGAAGUACGAUCUCGAGGAACGCCAGAAACGCCAGGACUACGACUUGAAAGAAUUGAAGGAAAGGCAGAAGCAACAGCUCAGGCACAAGGCUCUGAAGAAGGGUCUUGAUCCUGAGGCCCUCACCGGCAAAUACCCACCUAAGAUCCAAGUUGCCUCAAAAUACGAGCGUCGUGUGGAUACCAGGUCCUACGAUGACAAGAAGAAACUAUUCGAGGGUGGCCUGACUGACCAACUGAAGGAGUCAAUGGAGAAGCAGUGGGCCGAACAAAACCAACAGUUUAGCGGUCGCCAGAAGACGAAGUUGCCCAAGUGGUUCGGCGAGAGGCCCGGUAAAAAGAAGGAUGACCCCGAAUCACCGGAAGGUGAGGAAGAUGUGAAAGCAGCGGUUGAUGACGACCUCGAAGAGCCAGCAUUCGAGGAAGAGGAGGAGGAGGCGGAGGAAGAAGAGGAGGAGGAAGAGGAGGAAGAGGAAGAGGAGGAGGAAGAAGAAGAAGAGGAGGAGGAGGAGGAAGAGGAAGAAGAGGAGGAAGAGGAAGAGGAAUAAUCCAGACCCACUAGAAAAAUAACAUAACACGAAAAUCAUCGCGGAUCAUUCAUCAAUCAUCAGGCGAGCCAUUGAGCAUCAACAAGAUAUUUAUUUUCUCUGGCUGAUGUGCCUAGCACUCCAGCCAAAGACGAAAAAACCUCAAAAAUAUCUGAAAAGUAGAAGUUAUUUAUUUAUUGUCAUCAAAGCAGAUAAACUCAAAAUUCCCAACUCAUGGAUUAUCCCUUUGAUUGAAUCACCUCCCUCUCUUGGCUAAUUUAACUAUCUCUUUUACUAUAAUUAUGUUCAUAAAACACAUUGCACAUUACACGUUAUUAAAAUAAAACGAUUUAUCGUA